AUGCUUCCAGACAUAUUUAGUUGUGAAGAAUCCAUUAUGCAAGUACGUGCCUGUGAUCAUCCUUACAUGGAUCCUCUUUCAAACAGAUUGCAGAAGAAAUUCAAGAAGAAGUUGGAAGCUGAAAUGACGCGUGAUUGCGAACUGGAAUAUGAGGCUAAGUUGCUGGUUUUCUUUCGUGAAGGCAGUUGUAAGAGGGUUGAAGCUACGUCUAUUCCAAAUAAAGUCGUAAUUUGCAAUGAGAAAGAAACCAAGAGCGGUUUUGAAUAUGUGGAUCUUGCUGCGUUUUUCACCGAAUCGCAGAGCGAGAGUAUAGAGGCGCUACGACUGAGGGGAUGGCCAAAAAUCAGAUUUGGAUGCUACCUUUACCUCUGGGUGAGCCAACCAAGGAAGAAAAAGGAUGUUGUUGUUUGCAUUUUUGCAAAGAGAUAA